UAUGUGCUCGGCUUCCCCCCCUCCUUUCUCUUGGUCACUGCCUCUCACUCCGGCAGAAGUACUUGGACGUGACUAGAUCUUUCGCAACUCUCUGAUCCACCAAAGCAUCCGAAAUUUAUCAUGGAGACCGGCGGAAAACUCCCCUAUAAAGUUGCUGACAUCAGCCUAGCCGAGUGGGGCCGCAAGGAGAUUGUUCUUGCCGAGAAUGAGAUGCCUGGUUUGAUGGCUCUUCGUAAGGAGUAUGGCCCGUCUAAGCCCCUUAAGGGUGCUCGUAUCGCAGGCUGCCUGCACAUGACUAUCCAGACUGCCGUGCUUAUUGAGACUCUCACAGAGCUCGGCGCUGAGGUACAAUGGUCCUCCUGCAACAUCUUCUCCACACAAGAUCAUGCAGCUGCUGCCAUUGCCAAGACUGGGGUCCCUGUGUAUGCCUGGAAGGGGGAGACUGAUGAGGAGUACAUCUGGUGUAUCGAGCAGACACUGGUUUUCAAGGACGGACAGCCACUCAACAUGAUCUUGGAUGACGGUGGUGAUCUUACCAACUUGGUGCAUGAGAAAUACACACAGUAUCUAGAGGGUAUCCGCGGCCUGUCCGAGGAGACCACCACUGGAGUGCAUAACCUGUACAAGAUGAUGGAGAAGGGAAAACUUAAAAUCACUGCCAUCAACGUCAACGACUCCGUCACCAAGAGCAAGUUCGACAACCUGUAUGGCAUCCGAGAGUCCCUUGUUGAUGGACUCAAGAGAGCUACUGACAUCAUGUUGGCCGGCAAAGUUGUUGUUGUUGCCGGAUAUGGUGAUGUCGGCAAGGGCUCUGUCCAGUCACUGAAGGGCUUUGGAUCAAGGGUGCUGAUCACCGAGAUUGACCCAAUCAACGCUCUACAGGCAGCCUGUGAAGGUUUUGAGGUGACAACCAUGGAUGAGGCUGCAAGUCAAGCUAACAUCUUUGUGACGGCAACUGGAUGCUCUGGUAUCAUCACCAAGGAACACUUCAUGAUGAUGAAAGAUGAUGCCAUUGUCUGCAAUGUUGGUCACUUCGACUGUGAAAUCGAUGUUGCCUGGCUGAAUGAGAACUGCAAGAAAUCAACAAUUAAGCCCCAGGUUGAUCGCUAUGAGCUUCCCAAUGGACGUCACGUGGUCUUGUUGGCCGAGGGGCGCCUGGUCAAUCUCGGCUGCGCCAUGGGCCACCCUAGCUUUGUCAUGAGCAACUCGUUCACCAAUCAAGUUCUCGCACAGAUCGAGCUGUGGACUCGUCACGAGAAGUACCCACUCAAUGUCUACAUGCUGCCUAAGACGCUCGACGAGAAAGUCGCCGCUCUUCAUCUUGACCAUCUGGGCGUCAAGUUGACCAAGCUGACAAACACGCAGGCGAGCUAUCUCGGCAUCAAGACCGAGGGACCAUUCAAGCCUGAAUAUUACCGUUAUUAGACACGACCGGAUAGUAUGGCUGGUCCAUCGGACGUCGAUUACGGACGCGUCAACAACAGCAGACGUGAUUUUAUCAGAGGUGUUACCACGACUUCUAACACGUUACUUGGAUGUACAAACCGGAGAUGAAUAAAGGACUCGUUGAAGUGUG